UAAUAUAAAAACCAGAGGACGCUGUAUAUCAAGCAUUGUGGUUCGUGUUUUGUUCGUAAUUACUAAAAGAGAAUGGAUAUUCGACCAAAUCAUACUAUUUACAUCAACAAUCUCAAUGAGAAAAUAAAGAAAGAUGAAUUGAAAAAAUCAUUAUAUGCCAUAUUUUCACAAUUUGGACAAAUAUUGGACAUAGUUGCAUUAACAACCCUUAAAAUGAGAGGACAAGCUUUUGUUAUUUUUAAAGAUAUUAAUAGUGCAACGAAUGCUCUUCGUUCCAUGCAAGGUUUUCCUUUUUACGAUAAACCAAUGAGAAUACAAUAUGCCAAAACAGACUCUGACAUAAUUGCCAAAAUGAAAGGCACCUUUGUUGAAAGACCUGCAAAACCUAAAACAAAAGAAGACGCUGUUGACGUUAAGAAACAGAAAAAGAAGGCUGCAAAAGAACAAGCUAGACAGGCUCAGCAAGCACAAGCAGGUCUUGCAUUAGGUGUUAUGGCGCCUGGAGCAAUGGUUCCUGGAAUGGUAACUCACGCACAACCGGUACCAAUACCAGAACAACCACCUAAUCAGAUUUUGUUCUUGACAAACUUGCCAGAAGAAACAAAUGAAAUGAUGUUAUCCAUGUUGUUUAACCAGUUUCCCGGUUUCAAAGAAGUUCGUCUGGUGCCUGGUCGUCACGACAUCGCAUUUGUCGAAUUUGAAAAUGAAGUUUUGUCUGCUGCCGCCAAAGAUGCCCUUCAGGGUUUUAAAAUAACUCCUACUCAUGCUAUGAAAAUUUCUUUUGCAAAGAAAUAAUUUUGAUAUGAAGCGAAUUCAAUUAUUUUGUCUCUUAGCUUUAAGUCUUUUUUUAUAACGUGUGACAUUUUUCAAUAAAAUUAACUAAAUUGAAAUGUAUGUAAAUAAUUUAAAACUGUAAAAUCCAAUCACAUAGUCAUACAAAAUAUUUCAAUAUUUAUCUUCGGAACACGGAAGCCAUUAUUUCCAGUAAGAGCCGAAUUUUAAAACCAUUACUAUGCAGUUGCGUUUUGAUUUUUCUUGUUAGUGUUACUAUUAAUAAAAUGAUUAAAAUGAUCAAAGUUAAUAUAAGUUUAUUUGGAACGACAAAAGCAGUAUUUAAAACAGGUAGUUUAAGAUUUGUCGUUAAGAAUUGGUACUGUAGUCUGAAGAAAGUGACAGUUUUUAGAGUAAAAAUUGAAAGUAAUUUUAUGUGUUUUCAGUAGUAGAGCAAUGCAAUACAAUACCAAUGGAUAUUUGAAUGGAUUAAUGAUGAUAAUGCGGAUACAUAUUUGAUCAAGAUUGGCAGAUAGCAGCACUUUAAGGAACUACACCUAUACCGUACUACAUAAAUUAAACUGAUACUAAAUCAAAGAAAUUUUAAUUCCAAACAAUUCUUUGUUAUACUUUAAAUUUUACCAUUUAUUCGAUCAAAACAAAUUUACAUACUAAUAAGAUGGAUGCCAUUGUUUAUGCGUAAAGAAUUAAAUCUUGUCUGAAUAUCUGAUAUACAUUUUUCAGAAUUGAAUCUAUAUUUUGAUUUUACAAUCGCCAAUAAUGUAAACGAAGAAUGAUGUAAGAAUGAUCCCCUUUUUUUUUUAUGGUUUCUUCGGCAUCAUUUUUACUUUACCCGCCAUCAUACAGUAUAUAAUAGAGGGAAAGUAUAGCGAUCGGCCAAAAAAAUGGCCCCCAAGAUUUUUACAUUUUUGGACUCUGUGACCUUGAAAUGUCGUGAAAUGCAAUUUCGAUUUUGUCCACCCAAUUUGAAGCUUAAUAAAUCCUGUUCUUUUUAUCGAAAAA